AUGGUCAUUGAUGGGAGCAUGAAGGCCCACUGGCACGUGACCCCGAGGAGCCCAGGGCCUUUGCUCCACCACCAGCACUGGCAGCGUGCACAGGGUCCCGUGGGGCCCCGAGGAGGUGAAGAAGGCAGCCAUCUGCUUCAGCAUGAACUCAUAAUACCUCAGUGGAAGAUUCCAGAAAGCCCCUCCAAAGAGAAGCAUCCCUCCGCAGCCGAGCUCAGGGUCGUGGCUGAGGGCCGAGAGCUGAUCCUGGACUUGGAGAAGAAUGAGUAUCUUUUUGCUCCAGCCUACACAGAAACCCACUAUACUCCGAGUGGCACCCCUCAAACCACCACGCUGAAAUCGGAGAAUCAUUGCUUUUACCACGGCACGGUGAGGCAUGCAGGAGACUCGAGCGUCACGCUCAGCACCUGCCGGGGCAUACGAGGACUGAUUAUGGUGAGAAGUAACCUCAGCUACAUCAUCGAGCCCCUCCCUGACAGCCAGGGACAACACCUUAUUUAUAGAUCUGAACAUCUCAAGCUGCCCACUGGCAACUGUGGGUUUGAGCACUCUAGGCCCACUGCUGGGAACUGGGCUCUUCAGUUUACACAACAGACCAAGAAACAACCUCGCAGGAUGAAAAGAGACAAUUUGCACUCAAUGAAGUAUGUGGAGCUUUACCUCGUGGCAGAUUACGCAGAGUUUGAGAAGAACCGCAGAGACCAAGACGCCACCAAGCACAAGCUCUUGGAGAUUGCGAACUACGUGGACAAGUUUUACCGGUCCUUGAACAUCCGGAUUGCGCUGGUGGGCCUGGAAGUGUGGACGCAUGGGAAUAUGUGUGAAGUCUCGGAGAAUCCUUACUCUACCCUCUGGUCGUUCCUCAGCUGGAGGAGGAAGCUGCUCAAGCAGAAGUACCACGACAAUGCUCAGCUCAUCACGGGCCUGUCUUUCCACGGCGCCACCAUCGGCCUGGCUCCGCUCAUGGCCAUGUGUUCCAUGUACCAAUCUGGAGGGGUGAACGUGGAUCACUCUGAGAAUGCCAUUGGGGUGGCUGCCACCAUGGCCCACGAGAUGGGCCACAACUUUGGCAUGAGCCACGAUGUUAAGCAUUGCUGUCCAGCCAGUGCCCAAGAUGGCGGGUGCAUCAUGGCGGCCGCCACCGGGCACCCCUUCCCCAGAGUGUUCAAUGGCUGUAAUAGGAAGGAGAUGGACAGGUACCUGCAGUCGGGGGGCGGGAUGUGUCUCUCCAAUAUGCCGGACACCAGGACACUGUAUGGAGGCCGGAGAUGUGGGAACGGAUACCUGGAGGACGGGGAAGAAUGCGACUGUGGAGAGGAAGACGAAUGCGACAACCCCUGCUGUAAUGCCUCCAACUGUACCCUGAAGGAAGGCCUGGAGUGCGCCCACGGCGCCUGCUGCCACAAUUGCAAGCUGGUGGCCCCCGGCACCCUGUGCCGUGAGCAGGCAGGGCAGUGCGACCUCCCGGAAUUCUGCACGGGCAAGUCUCCCCACUGCCCCUCCAACUUCUACCAGAUGGACGGCACCCCCUGCGAGAGCGGCCAGGCCUACUGCUACAUCGGCAUGUGCCUCACCUACCACGACCAGUGCCAGCGGCUGUGGGGGCCUAGAGCCUGGACUGCCUCAGAUGCCUGCUUCGAGAAGGUCAACGUGGCAGGGGACCACUUUGGCAACUGUGGGAGAGACAUACAUGGCCAACCCAAGAAAUGCAAUAUAAGAGACGUCAAGUGUGGGAAGAUCCAGUGUCACAUCCCCGACGCCCAAGCCAAGGAGUCCAACGCGGUGCCCAUCAAGACCACCAUCACUCUGAACAAACAGACGAUCGAGUGCUAUGGGGUCCACUUCUACCGGAGCAACGAGGACGAGGUGGACAGCUUGGACCCGGGCCUGGUGAUGACCGGGACCAAGUGCGGCCCCGACCACAUCUGCUUCGAUGGUCAGUGCAGAAACGCCUCCUUCUUUGACGCCGAAAACUGUGAGAAGAAAUGCAAUGGUCAUGGGGUAGGUGCUGGGCCUGUGGUGGCUGGAGUGUUUUCUGCUCUCUUCGUCCUGGUAGUCUUUCUGCUGAUAUGCCACUGCUGCCGACAGAACAGCAAACUGAGCCAGCUCCAACCCUUGGCCCUUCCUUCCAAGCUGCGGCAACAGUUCAGCUGUCCCUUCAGGGUGUCCCAGAACAGUGGAUCUGGUCAUGCCAACCCAACUUUCAAGUUGCGCACGCCCCAGGGCAAACGGAAGGUGAGCAGCACCCCGGAAAUCUUCCGGAAGCCCUCCCAGCCUCCCCCCAGGCCCCCUCCCGACUACCUGCGUGACCAGUCUCCCACCGCCCCGCCGCCAACACACCUGAACAGGGUGCCGAAGAGCUCCCCAAGCCCCGGGGUUCAAGUACAGAGAAAGGAAUCCUCCAGGGGGCCUCCCCCGAGCCGGCCUGCACCCCCCGCCCCAAACUGCCUCCUCUCCCAGGACUUCGCCAGGCCUCGGCCGCCCCAGAAGGCGCUCCCAGCCAACCCCGUGCCGGGCCGCAGGGCCUUCCCCAGGCCGGGCGGCGGCCCUGCUCUGCAGCCGCCUGCGGCCGGCCCCCCGCACAUCCAGCCUCUGAUCGCUCCUGCCCCGAGGCUUCCUCAGUACCGAUCCCAGAGGACUGGAGCCAUGACCAGCUCCAAGAUCUAGAAGCACCUAGAAGUUUCUCGAGGAUGCCGGGUGUUGCCAAGUGGAUCCCAGAGGCACGGGAUCUGGGUGUGAAGUCUGUGUGGCCUCCUUGGAGCCAGCUCCUCCUGCCUCCCGGGGUCACAUUGUGGAAGGCUCCGACCAUCCGUCCGUCCGUCUGUCCAUCCGUCCGUUCCCCCCACCCUCGACGGGAGGCCGGCUGGGUGUCCUCAGACACCCGCGGGAGAGGAUCUCCCCUCCGAUGGCUCGUCUGUGUUGUUUGGUGCAAUACACAGCCCGGAGAGCUCCGGGAGCCCCG